CUCGAGUGUAGGUAAAAUUUCCCCACCUGAAGCCACGAUGUCACUUAUUUUGCUACGUCCAAAGGUUCUAUCUUUUCUUACAGCAACUCAGUCUGUUCGUCUCUUAUCACCAAAAUCCUAUAAUUUCAACAACAGAUUGAUCUUUUCAAAGCAGCCAUUCUCUUCGUUUUUCUUCUCUACAACAUCUACACCUUAUCCUCUUCAAUAUGACAUGGUCAUCAACACCCCAACUCAGUCCCAACCCACCCCAACUCGCCGCCGACUCAGUAAAUCGGACUCGCCCAACUCACCCGAGGAAGAGAAACCAGAGAAAGAAUUGGGUUUUGAUUCAUGGGUAGAAAAAAAACUCACUUCAGAAGAAGAAAUGGACAAGUCUAAGAGGAAAUAUUAUAGAAAGAGAAGGAAAAGAAUGUAUGGUUCAGAUUCUGAAGAUGAGGAUAAGGGAAAAAAUGAAGAUGGGUUUGUUGAAUUGAAGCCUAAAGUCGUGGAAUUUGAUAGGCUACAUGAGAGGGAAGAAGAGCUCUACUUUUAUGAUGCAUUUGCGUAUCCUUGGGAAAAAGAUAAGCAUUAUAAAAUGGUUUAUCAAUUAGAAAAGAAGUAUUUUCCUGAUCAGUGUUUUGAUAAAGCUUUUCUUGAACCUGGAGAAUCAAAUGAGAAAACCAAAAUUAAGGGAAAGAGUAAAAAGCAGGAUGAUAAUAACAAGGCGGAGGAUAAAGGAUUGGUGUUUUUUGAGGAAGACGGAAAUUCAGGUGGGGAUGUGAAGGAGAAGGUUACUGAGAAGAAGGUGGAGGAGUUUUUCAAGUGUUUGAAAAAAGUUCCCAAUAAGGAAACCGAGGUCAGUGCUGGGGAGCCUUACCUUGUUAGUAGGAGUACUGAGCUGCCCCCGAGAUGGGAUGGUUCACAUGGGACGGUAGUUUUGGUUAAUAAGCCCAAAGGGUGGACCUCAUUUACCGUUUGUGGCAAGCUGCGUCGCUUAGUCAAAGUGAAAAAGGUAGGGCAUGCUGGAACACUUGAUCCUAUGGCAACAGGUCUAUUGAUUGUAUGUGUUGGUAAAGCCACUAAGUUGGUAGAGAGAUACCAAGGAAUGGUAAAGGGAUAUAGUGGGGUUUUUCGCUUAGGGGAGGCUACUUCAACUUGGGAUGCUGAUUCACCGGUUAUUCAACGUGAGCCUUGGGAGCAUAUCAAAGAUGAGGACAUAAAGAAAACUGCUGCAUCCUUCUGUGGGGAGAUAUGGCAAGUGCCUCCCAUGUUCUCUGCCAUCAAGGUUGGAGGUGAAAAGAUGUAUGAAAAAGCAAGAAGAGGAGAGAGUGUUGAACUAUCACCAAGACGAAUUUCAAUUUUCCACUUUGAGAUUGAGCGUAGCUUAGAAGAUAGACAAAACUUGAUUUUCCGGGUCACAUGUUCGAAAGGAACAUAUAUCCGGUCAUUAUGUGCAGAUUUUGGGAAGGCUUUGGGCAGUUGUGCUCAUUUGACGGCUCUGCGAAGAGACUCAAUUGGCGAGUAUUCAGCGGACGAGGCAUGGGAAUUCAAGGAACUAGAGGAAGCAAUCACUAAAGGGUAUUUCUAACUGCCUUCUGCAUCUCCAUAGUUUCAAGAGUCAUAACAUUGAUGUCAGGACAGAGAGCAUCCAUCUUUGAGCAUUUGACAUAGAAUUCUUUCAUCCCCGUAUUGUUGUGUAACAAUUAAAAAUGCAUUUAACGGUUUAUAUUCGAUACAUUAAUUUGUUUUUGGCUAGUUUU